CCGAGCGCGCCCCAGCCCGCCCGCGGCGGGCCCUCCGAGCGGCGGCGCGCGGGUAAUUUGCAACCUUCAAAAUGUUUGCCAAGGCAACAAGGAAUUUUCUUAAAGAGGUUGAUGCUGGUGGUAACCUGGUUGCGGUAUCAAACUUGAAUGACUCUGAUAAGUUGCAACUGCUCAGUCUGGUGACCAAAAAGAAGAGAUACUGGUGUUGGCAGAGACCCAAGUACCAGUUCUUAUCCAUCACCCUCGGAGAUGUUCUCACAGACGACCGAUCUCUGAGUCCAGUGGUCGUGGAGUCAGAUUUUGUGAAAUACGAGGGCAAGUUUCAAAACCACGUAAGUGGAACCAUCGAGACGGCUCUUGGGAAGGUCAAGCUGAACGUUGGAGGCAAAGGCCUGGUGGAGAGCCAUUCUUCCUUUGGAACCCUGAGGAAGCAGGAGGUGGACCUGCAACAGCUCAUCCAAGACUCGGUGGACAGAACAAUUAAUCUGAAUAGCCCCGUGCUACAGCAGGUGCUGGAGAGGAGGAACGAGGUCCUGUGUGUGGUGACACAGAAGAUCAUGACCACACGGAAGUGUGUGAUAUCGGAGCACGUGCAGAUAGAGGAGAAGUGUGGCGGCGUGGUGGGAAUCCAGACCAAGACGGUGCAGGUGUCAGCAAUGGAGGAAGGGACCAUCACCAAGGACACCAACGUGGUACUGGAGAUCCCAGCUGCCACCACCAUUGCCUGCGGUAUCAUUGAGCUGUAUGUAAAGCAGGGCGGUCAGUUUGAGUUCUGCCUGCUCCAAGAGAAGCACGGUGGCUUCGAGCACCAGGGGAGAGCCGACUCUGUCUACCUGGAGCCCUUGGUCUAUCGAGAGUUUGCAUUCCUGGACAUUCCAGAUGCAGGGCCCAGGACGCCUUCGCGGGAUGAGCCACUGCACCUUUUAAAACAAGCCAAGACACACCUGGAGAGGAGCCUCCACCCCCUGGAAGAGCUGCCUGGGCAUCAGCGGACAGCGCUGCGCCUUCUCCUGCAGGCGGCGCUGUUUGAUGAGGACUUCCUGGUGGUCCUGGAGCAAGUGUGUGAUGAUAUAGCCAGUGGCCUGUGGUCCCCGCAGGCCACGCAGGCGGUAGAGGAGCUCACACCUCCUCGUCAGCAGGACCUCUCGGCCUUCCUGCGGCUUGUUGGGUGCAAGGUACUGGGUGAGCAUCCUGGCCCUCAGGAUGAGGUCAGCAACCAGAAGCUCUUUGCAACAGCCUACUUCCUGGUCAGUGCACUAGCAGAAAUGCCAGACAAUGCUGCAGUUCUCCUGGGCACUUGCUGUAAGCUCCAGAUGAUUUCUACACUGUGCCACUUGCUCUACACUCUGUCUGAUGAUGGAGAAUCUGACCUUGAAGACCCCACCUUGGCUCCUCUGAGAGACACAGAGAGGUUCAGAAUUGUGCAGCGCCUGUUUGCCUUGGCCACCAGCAUUGACUUGGAAAGAAUGCAGGCAUCUGUGAGAGCCGCCAUCCCCAAGGACUCAUCCAUCUUCUUGCUAGUUUUUCAGAUUACCCUAAGUGGUCUCUGUGCUCUAGGCAGAGAACAUGAGUAAUGUCAAUCGUCAAUCAGAAGUGCAUGUUCCUGUUCAAGGUUGGGUGGUUUUCAGAAUUGUUAAGUACAUAUUUUGGGAUUUGGGUCUUCAGCACGUUAAAAAUAUCUGUGAAUUUAAAAAGCCAGGCACUCAGGAGGCAGAAGUAGAAGGAUCAACAAGUGUUCGAGGCCACCCCGAGACUACAUAGUGAAUUCCAGGCCAGCCUGGGCUAGAAUGAGACCCUACCUCAAAAAACCAACCAACAAACAAAAAAAUCAGUGAAUUACAAAACACUGUAAGAAGUGGUGACUUUCUGCCCUGUGAACUGAAUGCCUCCAGACACACUUUAGUUUCAUCAGAGGCCUACUGUGCUGGUAAACUGAACACUGCGAACAAGGCAGAUAGUAGCACUUGGAGGGCUGAGGGAGUCAAGACUAAACUGGUGCACACACAGACCUUUUGCUCUGUAAUGGGUCCAUUUCUUAUAUUUUCCACUUGUUACACAAAAACACAGGAGUCUGAUACCAUAACACACACAAACCAUUUUUAGCUAGGAAUGCCCUGGAAAGGCAGUUUCUUGUCAUAGAAGAAGCUACAUUUGGAUGUGCAAUCAUAACUUCAUGGAAAAAUGAGCUGAAAACACCACCAGCAUAUUAAAGAAAAUAUUAAAAAUAUUUGCUUGCACCCUCUUGGGGGGAUGCAUUUUAUUUGACAUUGCUGUGCUCUGGUGUACAUACCUAAACCUAUUUUGUGUCUAGAGCAGUGUUGUCCCUGUGUAUUCUGGGAAAUUGUCACAUGCUUCAUUUUCUACCAAAGGAAAUUCUGCAGUAUGUGUAUUUUACUACUUAUUGUUUUGUUGUCCUUCUGCCAUAAAUGACUGCACUGCCUUCCAGGGCUCCUGGUCACAUUGACAGUGUCUGCUAUCAUCCACAUGAUGUCUGAAGCUGCUGCCAUCAGGGGCAAUAGCUGAGUGAAGCGUGUUAACCCAAGUUCUUCCUCACCUCCACAUCACCCACAUUGUCCCUUCAGAUUUUCAGGAACAGGUACAAAGAUGGUGGAAUUAAAACAAAAUCAACAUUAUACAUGAGGCAUGGCCCAGUGCAGCUGUCUGUGAUGUGGGAAAAUGUAGAGUUCCACAGUGGCAGCAACUAUUUACACUGGAAAGGGAAACGUGAAUGUCAAAGGAGUUGUGCUGAGUGGGUGCUGUGUCCCUUUGGUCUUCUGCAAUUAGUAUUGAGGACCCUGCAGACAGAAUGGUAAUACAAAUCUACAAGUGGCUGAUAUCCACAAGGAUGCAUGGAAACAGAUUUAAAGAGCUCAUGAGAAUCCCAUGGUGACUUCUCUGGAGGUUGGAACCAGAGGCAAAAGAAAAAUUUUGAGUUUCAGUAAGAGCUUUGUAUUAUCCUCCAACUUAAGUAAAUAACUGAAAAUAAGAAUGUUGGUAUAAGACAGAAUGAAUACCAAGCCGAAUUCUGGAGACAUGAAUAAGGCCCUGAACUAACAACUUCCUAAGUGUGAGUGAGGUAUGGAUGCCUGAGACGUAUUCCUGCAACACACACUGCCACACUAUCAUCUCACUGUGCAGGGGAUGCCCUGCCCUCUUACUGCAGAUCCAAGCUGAGCUGGGACCGGCAGCACAUCAGCUCCCUGCCCGACCUGCAGCGUGCUUGCUUUCCUGCACAGCUGGGAGGUGGCCCUGUUACCUGUGUCGUGUAAGCAGACACACAAUGUUUGAUUCUGUAUUGUAGCCUUUCCUAACUCUGCCUAUCUUUUCUUUGAAAGCCAUGCUUGUGAGUCAGCUAUACUGUUAUAUGCAGUGGCAAAAUGACAAAGGUGUCAAAAGUGAAAGGAGAGGACAAACAUGCUGAGGACAACCACAUGUGACACGACACACACGUAACCACCCCCCCCACACGUACGCUAAAAAAAAGUUUAAAAAGCAUGUUUAUCACCAAAACUAAUCUGAUGUCUUAUGUUAUAGCUAAACCUAUAAAUGAAACACUACAUUUCUCCAAUAGUAAAUAUUUAUUUCUUUAUAUGUACAAAAAUAUUUUACCAGGAAUAUGCAAUCUCACAAAUGGAACAUUUCAAUAAUUUUUGUUCUUAUAGUAUAUGGAAAUAUGUUAAAAGAGUCAUAGGGACAGCUUCUGAAAAAUUGAUACGUAAUUGUACUUCAGGAAAAUUUUAUUUAUACAAGGAUAGCAGUACUAUUUCUUUUAUACAGUAACUAGUAAUACAGAUACUUGAAAAGCAGUAGAAUUUGAUUUUUAAGCUUUAUAAUCAGGAAGUUACUUAAGUGGUUUUUUUGGCUUUGAUUUUUAGAUAGCUAACAAGCAUUUUGUCUUCGAUUCUCUUUUACAAUUUCUUCAAAGGGUUUAGGUUAAAAAGAGCAUGCAUUUGUGUUCUAAGGGAAGGUAUGAAAAACUGAACUGGAGAAGAAAUGAUUAAUACACUCUCACACCAUGUUUUUCCACAUCAAAUGCUCCUUGUGGGUUUGAAUAGCUCAGGAUAACAUGCAAAAAAAAUUGCACUUCUUGUUGAAUGCUAUUGGUCACUCUUCUGUAACAGAAUCCAAGACACUACUUAAAAAAAAGUCAUUGUUACAGAAUAAACAGGAGCCAACCAGCAGCUCUUUCUAAGAGACAACACAGUAGAAACAAACAUUUACCUUGCAUUUCAAGUACAGAUGCAGAUGAGCUAUGACAUCAAAUCUGGCUCUUUCAGAAAAGACUAAGAUGUCUUUCUUGGGCCACAUUUAUCAGCACUGUUAGAACUACCCAGCUCUCUGAUAUGAUGGAAACCACAUUCUUACCUAGUAAUGGCUUUUGGCAUAAUGUAACUUAUAGCUGAUCAGGCUUCAGUUUUAUUUGGCGGGGGUUUGGGCUGGCUUGAGAUUGAACAGGGGAUAUGUGUGCUCCCAUUGCCCUUAGCUAAAGACUUGUAAGCUAUGUUUCUGCAGUCCUUUAAACUAGUUCACUGGUUCCUCCAAGCUUGUGGGCUACUUUGACUAGUAUGAGGAAGCCAAAUUUUAGGCCUGGCCUGUUGUGUUUAUAUACAUUGCUGCCCCUUGCCUUGCUGUUGGCUGAAGUGCAAAAAGACUCAAAAUAAGGGUUUGAAGUAUUUCUCCAUGGUAAUGCAUGCUUCACAUGUGCAAGCACCCCCCCCCAUGUAUGUUCUGACAGCAACAGUAAUUAUGGGAUUUAAAGACAGUUUUAUAAGCAUCAAAUGAUUUACCUUUCAAGUUUUAAGUGGCAUUUAACUUAGCUACAGAUGUAUUAAUUAGUUUGCACUGGAGAUUAGAAAAUAGAGCUGAUAGGAGAAAAGAAAGAAUUGUGUGGAGGUAAGACAGAUUCACCACCUUGCUACAUUCACUAUCAGCUAAUGGUCAGGAAGUAAUUAGAAAGAAAAAUAGCUUUUUUUUUUUUGGAUUUUCCAGUCCAUUAAUUGGACCUAACUGAAUGUUUCCUCCAAGAAAGAUCGAGCUGCUUGUUAAACUUCACACUAUGGGUGAAACAUCAAGGCUGCAGUAUCAACAUCAGGCAGAAGAACCAAGCAGGGAAGCUUCAGGGAGCAUGGACGAAUGUUCUGAUGCCAGGAACUGCACCGCUCUAAUCUUGCAUAAUUUGUUAGGGAUAUGGUUGGCAGCACAGAUUUGCUAAGAGAAUGAACCUGGAAUGGGAUUCUAAAGGGAACUCCAUAUUAAGAUCACUGGAAGGGCAGAACAGACCUUCUUUUCAGUCUCUUACACCUGGAGGUGGGCUCCUGCGUGGCUCACCAUGUGCUACUUCACCACAGAGAGAGGUACGCCUUUGAGGGACUACAUGAGAAGUGACCCUAGUGCAAGUCACUGCUAAGAGUUAAGAGAAUUAACUUAGUCCUACUUGGUAAGUAGAACACAGCCAGCAGAAGUACACCAUUUCUAGUUUUACCAUAAGAGUUAUCUUUAAGACAGUCUUGUAGUAUUUGGCCAAAGUGGUGCAAACCAUGAUUGCUACCUUAGGAAUAGGACACCAUUACUCUUGCUCAUGUUUCAGCCCAUCAGGGACUCAUGUUUGAUUAUGUGCAUGUUUCAAAAGUCAUUCCAGGGACACAGAAAAAUAUAAUGAAAUACAAUGAAUAUUUUAAAAACUAACUUUAAAAGCUAAAAAAAUUGCAAUUUUAAAAUAACUUUACCUUAAACUAUAGAAUUGUUUUCUUCAGGCUUAUGACUUCUACUUUACAAAAGAAAAAACAGUAGCACUGAAUUAGUCAUCAAAUGUAUUCUUAAAAGUCUGUUAAUAGUAUUCAUUUGCACUAUGUACAAUAUCAUUUCAAAUACUGACUUUCUGAAAAGAACUCCAAACACAUGAUAGAUGCUAUUACAAGAAUUCUCACCACAAAUCCCCUGGAGUAAGAGGGUAGGUACUGUAAUCAUCAAGCCUAAAUCAUAGCACAAAGUCAUUUAAAAGUUAGAACAAGUAUUUCCCAUCCAGAAAUCUGGUUUUCCUUAAGGAAAUUAAGUUCUAAUAGUGAACAGGAAUUUUCUGAGCUCAAUUUCUCUUCUUUCAGGAAGGAAGGAGGUAAGGAUCAGCUUCAAAAUGGAACUAAGCCUUUUAAAAGAAUCUAAAAUAGUUUCAGGAUGUCUAGGAACUUGAGAAGAAUUAAAAAUUUUAGAACACUAGCUAUAACAUAUGGGUGUAUAUAUUUAGCUUUAUUAUUCAUGAAUUUUGGGAGAAUAUUACAUUCUAUACAUAUACAUAUAUAUGGCAACUCAAAUGUUUAAAAAUGAACUAUAUACAUAAAAUUUCAGGAUUGCCUUUCUCAUGUUUAGUGUAAAACCUUAUUAGUAAUAAAUUACUGGCUUUCUAGCCUGUAAUUUCUGAGUAAUACAGGAUUGACUGAGAAGCCAUACAAGCAAAGUAUAAGUAGAUGAUUAUUCUUACUUAUUUUUAAACUGUUUAUAUUUUGAAUUUGUUCAUUCAAAAUAAUUGUUCUAAACUCUAUGGCCAUCCAUGCUGAGAAUCAACUCUAUCACUGGGCCACGAUGUUAGUUACACAUAAAUAGUAUCUUAAUGCAUUUUUAAAGCAAGUAUCAUUUCUUUUUCUUUUCUGGGGAUUGAGUCCAAGGCCUUGCAUAUGUCAGACAUACACUGUUAAUGAGAUGUCUUCCAGUCCCUUUUUUUUUCUUUUUUUUUUUUUUUUGAGACAGUAUUACUAUGUCCCCAGGCUGGUCUUCAAUUUUUUGUCCUCCUGCCUUGGUCUCCUGUAUACUGGUGUUUCUAUGAGCAGAUAUGGUCAUCCUUUUACUAUCAUUGGGAUAUUACAGCCAAAAUAGCAUCUAGCCACAACCAAUAAUGAAAUGCUAAUGGAUUUAUUGCUAAUUUGAGUUAUUUUCUAAAUGCAUUUCAACCUUUUUGAAGGAAACAAAUUCUUACAGGCUAUUAUAAAUAAAUUUGCUAGAAUCUAGGGUUUAGGCUACUAUUACUGUAGUAUUGGAUUUCUGUUUUAGAAAGUUAUGGUCAGCAAUUAUAUUGAGUUGGGUGAAGUAAACAAAUUCUUGCAGCAUCUGACAUCACCUAAAUAUCAAACAGACUUCACAAUGCAAGUACAGUUAUAACGAAGGUGAAUUCUACUUGUAGAGCCCCAAAUAUAUUCUACUAGUAAAGGUCAAAUUCAAGGACUUCAGCUCCAUGGGUAUUUGUACAUUUGAAUAUGAAAAAGUACAUAUAACCACUGGUUGUUUAGAAAUAAUCAUGUUCUGACUACUGAAUUUUUGUCUACCCACAAGAAAUAUUCAUCUAUUCCCAAGAAACCCUCCAAUACAUUUGUAUGUAUCUCAGCAUAUCACACUUCUCCAAAGCACAUACCUUUGUAUAUUUUUAACCAAUUAUUCAAAGUCAUUGUAAACCAUUUUCUUGUCAUAACAUGAUUACAAAUAAGUCUCUCAGACCUUUCCCACAAGAUAUGUAUACAUUUCCUUAUCUAAUUACCUCAGAAGAAUCCUGAGUAAGACCCAGGUGGGACUUAAGAUUUCAAGGUCAGUGACUCUUAACUGAGAUAAAAAGUACUGUUCUAAUGAGUUCACUUUUGGAAACACUGACAUCUAUAUUAAGAUGAACUAAACUCCUUGUUUCAUUAGGAGGACUCUAAAGGGCAUUAGCUAUGCAGUCACACAUGAAUACCAUUUAUAAUAUAAACAAAGAAGUUUAGACUAUAUUCCAGACAACAUGCACUUUUGUAUCCACAAAAAAGCUAUAAAUACAGUUGUGAAAGCUGUCUCUCCUUUGAACCGAGAUGGCAGAAAUACCUUGUGGACAGACUUCGACGCUGCUACAAUUCCCGUAAGCUGCUUAGAAAGGCUUCAUGCUGUGGCACGAUGGUAUGCUGGGGACUAUGACAGCACAUUUCCUGAGAGCAAAGAGCUGAGAUGUCUCUGAAAACUUACAGUAUGUUGGAACAUCAAGUCACAGGACAUUCCCUAUAUACUGUGCUUUGAUUCACAUUACUAUGAGAACCCAAGAAUUUUAGUAAAUAUAUAGCAUUUAAAAAAUUUCAGUUAUUAAGAGUAUUCCCAAUUUCCUGUCCUAGGAUAAGCAAAAGUUCUAAAAUUAAAAAGACUACAGAUUUCCAUUAUUAUCAAUAUUGCAGCUUAGGUACAUGUGUGAAUACUGUUUCCUGCCAUAGAUUUUUUUUCUCUUCUGCCAAAGUCCUCUCAGAUGGCCUUUUGAUAUAUCUUUGGUGAGGGGAAAGAAAAGUUCAGAAGCCAGAUGUUUGUCACCAAAGAUGCUCAUCAGUACUCAAGUACCUACCCCUUAAAAGUGUGAACAGUGUGUAUGUGAAAAGCUAGCAGCAAUACAAAAUCUGGUUAGCUUAGUGACAAGCUACAGCUCUGAAUGUUUUAGGAAAAAAUUAUCCAAGAAACCUAAAGGAAGAUAUUAACUGAGGUCAAUGUGGAAAUUUGAAAAUUAUGGCAAAGCAUCUAAAGGACUUUUCUUCUAAUCAUUAAACAAAAGGGUAUUUUCUAACAGAAAUCUAAAAAAAUAGAAAAUAUUGUGAAUAUAUUAUAUAAUAUAUAAUAUACACAUUAUACAGUGUAUAUAUUAUGUGUUAUAUAUAAAACAGUUGACAAUUAUUUCCAAAUUUUGUAAACUCUUCAAUGUAUUUUGUCUUCAACACAAAUAUAGAUCAAGUACCCUAACAAUCAUAUCACAUUUCAGAAUGCACAACUGAUCUCAUUCACAAAAAACUUCUAGCUGCAAACUUAAGAGGCAUCUUUAAACAUCACAAAAAUUUGCAGAGGCAUUUACUUUUGCUGACCAUAUCCUUAAAAAAAAAAAAUUUGUUUAAAGUAAUUCAAAAUUUCAUAUGUGGAAAUAAGUAAAAGUUUAAUUAUCAUUAAGUAAAGUUUUACAGGAUAAGGCACUCUCAGUCUGUACGACCUUGCUUCCAGCCCAAGCUCACUGUGCACACAUAUUAACAUGUCACUGCAACAAGUGAAAAGAACAACCUCAUAAGAGUGCAAGGUAUUGCUCUUCAUUUUCUCACAAGAGAUAUGAGGGGAAAAAUUAAUCUACUCAUAAAUUACAAUGGAUAGCCAUUCAUCUCUGGAUAAUAUGUGGCACUAAAAAGAUUUGAUGUCAGAUUAAGAUAGUUGUAGACUGGCUGUAGCGCUGACAUUAAAAUUCUGCUUCUGUAGGAAAUUUGAUUAAGAUGGAAGGUCAAUAACUAUUUUCUUCUAAUAAGAGUAACUGACCCUUCACUAAAUACUGAAGUAAAUGAUCGCUUUACAAAACUAUUUCAAGUAUUCAUUAUCACAGUGAAAAUGUGAGAGACCAAUGUUAAGAGUAAAUGAUCUGAAAAUUCCUUUGAUGUAAAAGGCAAGGGUACUAAAUCAAAACAUAUACAAAAUGCUUCAACGCAUUUCUUUGUGAUAUGAAUACAAAGAUUAUCCAUAAAAAGUUAGAAAAAUUAAGAUAAAUUAUAUAUUAGUACACCUUCCCAAUCAGUUUAUAUAAAAACUUAGCAUAGUGUACUGUUCAAUUUGCACAGCGCCUGACUUGGCAGGUACCUUCUAUCUCUGCAAGUAUUUUCUCAGUAGAAGGUUCAUAUGCUGAGUCACUUUUUGAAAGUUUUAUUUAAUUGUUAACCUUACUGAAUCAUCAGUAAACCCAGCUGAUUGGGACCCACUGUGGCUCCAGUCUCAGUUUCUCUAUGGCAGUUUGUAGUUUCUCAAAGGCCUUGUCAAGAUUGUCAUUUAUGAUGAUCAAAUCAAAGUAGUGGUUGUAUGCUCUCUGAAUCCUUGCGCUUUCAUCCACUGUUUUCUUCAAGUCAGAGUCCUGUGAAAGGUUGAAAGGGAAAUGUUUGCAGUAUAAUGCGUACUUAUCUGUUCAAAUCUCAAGAUGAGUAAGAAAUUAAAGAGGUUGGAUAUUUGUUUCUUGUAAUUCUGAGAUUGUCAAAAUCUCCACCUAGUGUUAAAAAAAAAAAAUCACCUGAUCAUAUCUGUCUUUCCAAUUUACAUUUGUGGUUGGUGUCACUGAGUGCUCUGAACCUUCUGUUUUGCUAAAGACUGCCAUCCAAAAGACUGCUGACAAUAAUCUUGGGGUCAAUCAAAGGUAAUGAAAAUAGUUGUUUCUCUAUAAUGCUUUCCUAAAAAAUUUAAAUUUAUUUGUAAGGAUGGGGGAGAGGGAGAGAAUGAGUAUGCCAGGGCCUUCAGCUGCUGCAAAUGAACUCCAGAUGUAUGUACCAUUGCAUCUGGCUUUAUGUGGGUAUUAUUGAAUUGAACCUGGUAAUAUAACCUGGGUCAUUAGGCUUUACAUGCAAGUGCUUCAACUGCUGAGCUCUCUCUCCAGACCCUAUCCCACCCCCCCAAAAGCUUUUUAUCUCAUGGCCUGGAUAAAUGAUGAAACCCAAGUUGCAGUGGCUAUUCAGCUGAAAACCAGUGUGCCAGUUACCACUAAGAAUAACAGUCUUAAAAGUGUGCUGUGAAGACUUAUUAUUGCUGCCCACUCGUGCACUUGUAGUUACAUUCUUGUGCUAGUAUUAGUUUAUAUGUUAUAUAUUAGCUCUAGAUGUUUUGGCAUGGUGUGGGGAAUAUGUAGGUAUUGGGUUCUGCAUGAGCCAGUUAAGCUUUUCAUAACAUCCCACUGUACUUAUACACAUUUUACAAAUAUGUACUGGGCUCUUGUUGAAGUAUCUACUGUGUUUCAGAAUCAGUGGAUGUAACAAUGACUAGAAGAGACAGUUAAAGGACAAAUCAACCUUUCUAGAGGGCAUGAAAAAGGAUAUUCAGCACAAGAGGGGUUUGGGAACAAUCAGUAUGAAUUGACAAUAUAUUCUGCUUUAAACAUACAAACAAAAGAUUAACCUUUUGACAAUAGGUACCACUGACCAUAAAGGAAAUAUGAGCUUCUUGGGAAAAUGUCCUAUUCCUAGCCUAGAAUAUGAAAUGUACAAGAUGAACUUACAAUGUGUCAUACUAGGUAACACACAAGUUUAUCAAACUUACCAGGCUCUUAAUAAAAGGCUCUAAGUACUAAGUAAAAUAAAUUACUGACCAAAGAUAAGACAACCUGAGGGUGGGGAGAUGGCUCAGUGGUUAAACAAACUUGCUUGCAAAGCCUGCUGGCCUGGGUUCAAUCACCCAUGUAAAGCUGGACAUUUGCAGUGUAAGAGAUCAUGCGCAUGCACGAACCCCGCCCCCACGCAAAUAAAUAAAAUUUGAAAAACAA